AUGGCCCAUCCAUGGAAGCACCAUGUCGACAGGUUCUGCCGCCAGUAUCUCCAGCUGGAGCCGAGUCUCGACUUCCCGCCGGCCGAAUUUCUCAAGCUUGACGCCGUGCAGGAGCUCAUAUACGAGAGGCUGUUCGCCGACCAUGUCCUCUUGUAUGCCCCGCCCGACAGAUAUCGACUCAAGACUCUCAAGCAGCUGAUUGCGCGCAUCGAGGCUUCCAUAGACGACUGGGAUGAGCACGCCGUGUCUGAUAACCUCAUGUCCCUGCUCCCCGUGCUCCUGUCCGCGCCGCUGCCCUCAGAGACGGCAUCGGUCCAGCAAAAGCAUUACGUGACGUAUAGCCUAUCAGCCUUGGACCAUGGUUCGGGCGAAUCGGACCAAGCGCGCAGCAUCACGUUGCUCGAGAACCGCUCACUGAUCUCUGCUGGGGGCACGACGGGCCUGCGAACGUGGGAGGCUGCGCUUCACCUCGGCCAGUACCUCUGUCAGCACCCGUCCGUGGUCACCGGGAAGCGCAUCCUGGAGCUUGGCGCUGGUACCGGCUACCUUUCCGUCAUGUGUGCCAAAUAUCUAUCUUGUCGACACAUCAUCGCCUCGGACGGCUCCGACGACGUCAUCAACAACCUCCCGGACAAUCUAUUCCUCAAUGACCUACAGGACUCACCGCUUGUCCACCCCAUGGAUGUUAAAUGGGGGCAUGCCCUGGUUGGGACGGAAGACCAGCGCUGGAACGAGGGCCAAUCCAUCGACGUUGUGCUCGGGGCAGACAUAACUUACGACCGUAGCAACCACCCCGCACUAGUGGGCACCAUACUCGAUCUCUUUGAACUGCACCCAGAUGUCGAGGUGUACAUAGGGGCAACGCAGCGCAACGAGAUGACGUCUCGGAUCUUCCUCGACACCUGCCAGCGCUCGGGCUUAGCAGUGGACGACUUGGAGUACCCGGUGUUGUCGAGGGAGCACCAGGAGGGCCCCUUCUACAAUGACAGGGAUCCCAUCCACAUCUAUAGGGUAUCGCGAGCAUGA